CCAUGUUGCGUUACGAUGAGAGGUACACACAUGUGCCAUACAAACUCGCGAAUAGUAUGGCAAAUGCUCGUUGGGGAGCUGGUUUCCCUUUUGGGGAUCUAACAACUCUGUGCACACGGCCGAAUCAGCUCAUGUGUAGCAGUGAGUGUCCUGCAUUCCAGCUUCCAGACAGGCGAGUAUUCGUCAGCUUCGUAAGUCUGUCCGGCACGGCAAGUACAUGCACAUAUUCUAGCUUGCUCUCCCGAUCGGGCUUGCUAUCAGCAGCCGCUCCAACCAACGGGAUCUCGAUCGUCAGCUUGCAUCAUAGCGGCUUGGCAGCAUCGACCGAACGACGUCCAUCGUGACGACACGUAAGUCACCAGCGACCCGGUUUCUUGUUGGCGUUCCAGCCUACCAACCACAAGGAGAGUCCUCUGGCCGCUGAGAAACAUGGCCUCGUGGGUUGGGAUGCGGGCAACGGCAACGCCGUCCCAGGUCGACGCUGUCGCCCGCGCCAUACGCAGUACCCCGAUCAUCGACCAUCAUGCGCAUCCCCUCCUCAAGCCGGAGGCUCUCAGCAAACACCCGCUGCUGUCCAUCACGACUGAGGCGAACGGGGAUGCCAUCCACUCGGCCACUACCUCGCUACCCCAUCUCCGCGCUGUCCGCCAGCUGGCCUCCGCCCUGAGCUGCGGCUUCACUUGGGAAUCGGUCGUGGCCGCCAUUGAAGAGAAACGUCUGUCUUGCCCCGAGGACUGGACGGCCGAAUGCCUGUCGGGUAUCGAGACCAUUCUGAUCGACGACGGGCUCGACAGUCAGGACGAUGCUAAUCCCUAUGCGUGGCACGACGACUACACGCGGAGCCGAUGCAAGCGCAUCGUGCGGAUCGAGAAGGUCGCUGCUGACCUCAUCCAUCGGAUUGGCAAAGCACGGCAAGGGGCAGACUUUACGAUCGAAGUGUUGGAUGAGGCGUGGGAAGAAUUCAAGCGCGACUUCAAGACCGUGAUGUUGACGGCCCUUGACGAUCCUGAUGUGGUUGGGUUCAAGUCGGUGAUAUGUUAUCGGACCGGGCUCGACAUUGUGAGCGCGGAUGGCUUCGCUGGCCUUUCCGAAGGGAGCGAAGUGUUCCAGAAUAUCAUCAAGACGUAUGAGUCUUCGGGCUUUGAGAGAGUGCAGGCGAAGGGCUUGAACGACUGGCUGGUUCACUAUACGGCCCAACUCAUCCGCGACAAUCCAACGGGGCAGAAGAAGCCCAUCCAGUUCCAUACCGGCCUGGGCGACAACGACCUAACCCUGCUCAAAUCGUCCCCGUCUCAUCUCCAGGACUUCAUCCGGACGUACGAGACGGUUCCCAUCGUGCUCCUCCACGCUGGUUACCCCUUCACUCGCGAGAUCGGGUACUUGGCAUCGGUCUAUGGGAACGUCUACGCAGACAUUGGGGAAGUGUUCCCCUGUGUGAGCCAGGAUGGCCAGGAGCGGAUUCUGCGGGAGAUACUAGAGCUCUGCCCGUGGUCCAAGAUCCUGUGGAGCACAGAUGGGCACUGGUUUCCCGAGACAUACCUGCUCGCCCUUAAGCAGAUGCGGGAAGUUUUCGAGACGGUCCUGUGCGACUAUGUCCGCAAAGGACACAUGGGCUGGAGGGCCGCAAUCGACCUCGUACGAGAUGUUCUUUUCAGAAACGCCAACAAGCUGUAUCAUCUGGAAGUUGAGUUCUCUGAGCUGGAGGAAGAGAUGGGUCUGGCGCCGGGUGUCUACCUCAGUGAUGCUGAGAUCCUUCGGGCCUUUUUGAAGACCCAGCCGGCUCCUGACUUUGUUAGGAUCUGCUGGAACGACUUUACCGCGACACAGCGAAUGCGGAUGAUCCCCUUCAGGAAGCUUACGACGCUCCUGAACGAGGGCAAAUCGACAGACAUCGGCAUCACCAAGGCUGUAUUCGGCUUGCUCCAGAACGACUCGUUGCUACCGGGCGUAUAUCCGACAGGUGAAUACCGUCUCCACCCGGAUUUCUCCUCGCUCAAGAAGGGCCCGGUCGAGGGACAUAUCAGCAUGAACGGCGAAUUCCGCGAGCAGUCCGGCGCUCGGGUGCCCUUUUGCCCCCGCUCGACCCUUCAACGGGCCGUCGAUUUCGGCGCGGAGAAUGGGUUGUCCUUCCUUAUCGGCUUCGAAAUCGAGUUCGUCCUCAUCGAGCGCGUCGAGUCCAACAAGCCAGGCACCACAACCCGCUACUCAACCCUCACCACGGACGGCCACGCUUGGUCUGUCAGCCGCUACUUCGCCGAUCCCAAGAUCUCCGCACUCCUCCGCGACAUGGUCUCCGCGCUCGAGGACACGGGCAUCUACGCCGAGCAGGUCCACGCGGAGAGCGCCCCGGGGCAAUUCGAGCUCGUCCUGCCGCCGUACCCGCCCGUCGAAGCCGUCGACACCCUCCUCCACGCGCGCGACGUCAUGUCCGCCCUCGCCACAGCAGCCGGGUUCAGGCUCACGCUACACCCGAAACCCUUCGCCCACGCGACGGGCACCGCCUCGCAUAUGCACCUGUCCAUCACUUCGCCCAACGCCAACGGCGACAAGCCGGAGGUAUACCAGCCCUUCUACGCGGGCGUCCUGAAACACCUCCGCGCGGUCCUGGCCUUCACCUACGCUAACCCGGCCAGCUACGAGCGCAUGUCGGACGGGACCUGGUCCGGUGGCCGGUGGGUGACGUGGGGCACGCAGAACAGGGAGGCGGCGCUGCGCAAGAUCGAGGGCUCGCACUGGGAGCUGAAGUGCCUCGACGGGCUGGCCAACCCUUACCUUGCCGUCGCGGCCGUGCUCUUCGCGGGCGUGAACGGGUUCGCGGAUCGCGAGGCGUUCAACUGGGACGACUGCGAGAUCGAUCCGGCCAAGCUGACCGAGAAUGACCGCAAGGAGCUCGGGGUGACACAGAUGCUGCCUGGCAGUGUGGAGGAGGGGCUGGCGGCGCUGAAGGAGGAUGAGGAGUUGGUUGAGUUGAUGGGGCCUGAGUUGGUGGAGCGGUAUGUUGCGCUCAAGGAGUUUGAGCUGAACUUUCUCGGCGAGAUGGGAGAUGAAGAGCGGCGGCAGUGGUUGAUGGAGCGGUAUUAAUCUGGUAAGGGAUCUUUGCUCCUCUAGCCGCUUGGUGGCGUUGAGUGAGUUUUCCCCUGAUGUUACUAGGGGAAGAACCGGAUGUGUUGGUGUCUUUGGGACUGGCAAGAAUGAACAGCGAUGUUUUAUGACUUGUACUCCGCCGAGAAAUAACAAUGCAAUGCAA